UUAUCUGUUUUUUAGUUUUUAAGCUCUCCCGCCUCUUACGCUGAAGAACAAAUCUGAUUGGCUAAACAUGCAGUAGACUGACGUCAGUCAGGGAAGCCCGCAUCGUUGCUAGGCAACUUCUUUUCUUCUUUUCCCGGUGAAGUCAGGAUCUAACAUCGGAGCCCUCCUUUCCUCUCCAGACGGUUUUAUUUACGUAAAGAGGACAGAUUAUUCACUAAGAAAGGAAAAUGUCACUGGAAUGGGGCGACGGCGACAGGUCAUCAGACGAGGGCGUAGACAGAGACUCGGCUGACGUGGACUCGCUGACAGAUAAAGAUGACUUCAGAGUGUCGUGUGCGAAGGAGAUGGCUCUGCUAGCUCUGAUGGAGAAGACGGGAUACAACAUGGUGCAGGAGAACGGGCAGAGGAAGUAUGGCGGACCACCGCCAGGUUGGGAAGGUCCGGCUCCUCCACGGGGCUGCGAGGUCUUCGUGGGGAAGAUUCCCAGAGACAUGUUCGAAGACGAGCUGGUGCCGCUGUUCGAGAAGGCCGGGAGGAUCUACGAGUUCCGGCUGAUGAUGGAGUUCAGCGGGGAGAACCGCGGCUACGCCUUCGUCAUGUACACCAACAGAGGAGCGGCUCAGAGAGCAAUCCGGAUGCUGGACAACUGCGAGGUUCGACCGGGGAAGUUCAUCGGAGUCUGCGUGAGUCUGGACAACUGCCGCCUCUUCAUCGGCUCCAUCCCCAAAGACAAGAAGAAGGAGGAGAUCAUGGAGGAGAUGAAGAAGGUGACCGACGGCGUGGUGGACGUCAUCGUCUACCCAAACUUCGCGGAGAAGAGCCAUAACCGAGGCUACGCCUUCGUGGAGUACGGGUCCCACAAAGCAGCCGCCAUGGCAAGGAGGAUGCUCAUGCCCGGAACCUUCCAGCUGUGGGGUCAGUCCAUCCAGGUGGACUGGGCCGAGCCGGAGAAGGACGUGGACGAGGAGGUGAUGCAGCGCGUCCGAGUCCUCUACGUGCGUAACCUGAUGAUGGAAACCACAGAGGAAACCCUCUACAAGGAAUUCUCCAGCUUCAAACCGGGCUGCGUGGAGCGGGUCAAGAAGCUGACCGACUUCGCCUUCAUCCACUACCGCAGCCGCAGCGACGCCAUCACCGCCAUGGGCCUCAUGAACCGCAGGCAGAUCGACGGGGCCACCGUGGAGGUGACCCUGGCCAAGCCGACGGGGAGCAAAGACGGGAGGAGGUCCGGCAACAGAGGGUACCUGGGGAACAUGGCCGCCGGGGCGGGGGAUAGAAGGCUGUCAUUCAGAAACACGCCCCUGCAGACCAGCCUCGGAAACCCCUAUUACACCAAAGGAGAUGACUCAGACUGCUACAUGUUCCCCCUGGGACCCUGCACCACCCUGAACCCCACCAGCCUGCUCUCCCUGAAGCAGAGCCAGAUCGGCUCGGCCGUCAGCCUGCUGGAGUACCACUGCCUUAAGAACUGCUGGUCGCCUCCAGAGUACCACCUGUACUCCAGCAGCGGACAGGACGGGAAGCUGCUGCUGCUCUACAAGGUGGUGCUGCCCUCCACUCGAGCCUCCUACUUCCCCGAUAAGCUGUGUGUCCUGCUGGACGACGCCAAGGAGAUGGCAGCUCAGACCACGCUGUGGAACCUGGAUUCUUCCAUCCUGUCUGGACCUUUGUACGAUUCGCCCAGAAGCCUCUCCCCUCUUUUCACCAUGUCCACCUCUGAUGGCAGUCCCAGCAUCCUGAGCUGUGGGGGACAGACCUACACCCCGUGCCUCCCCGUCGCCCCUCCACCGCCUCCCUCGCCGUCCUCCUUCUCCAUCCCUCCCCUGCAGUCUCUCUCCAUGUUCUCCCCCGCUGUGUCCCAUGCGAUGCGGCUCUGCAUGAACUCCCAGUCUUCGUUCUACUGAGGGAGAUUCUUUUGUCAAAUGGAGCGCGACCUUGGAAGGAGGAAGAGGAGGAGUAUCAGAGGAAGACCGGAGCGUCUCCAAGUGUUUCUAAAGUUCUCUCUGUUAGAGGAGGAGGAGGGACGGAGCAGCUGCUUGGACUCUUCGCUCUGAUAACAUUAGUUACCAUGACGGUUCUCAGGUUUAACUGACUGCUGUCAGAUCGUCCUCUUGUCUUUCUGUCCUCGCCAUCCAGCCUCAGAUCCUUCCUGUGAAUAAACAGCAGUAGAAUGCGCUUUCUUUCAGGAAACCUCCCUGUUAAUAUUGCGCUGAGCUAACGAUUCACAAAGAGCCUCCUCUACGUCUCCUUUCAUCCUCCAGAGUUCCUCUCAGCAGCUGAAAACAAGCUUGAUCUCUCCUGCUCGUAGCUGCUGACCCCUUUCAUCUAAACCUGAGUCAUCUAACAGCACAUCAGCUGCUUCUCGCUUUAGUUUCACAGCAAAACCAAAUUCUUUCUACCUGUAGAGACUUAAAAAGAGCAGAUAUAUAAACGCUUACAUUCUUCACUCUGACUUGAUAUUAAAAGAAACCACAGAAAAAGAGACGGCAGGCUGACCUCCAACAGGAAAUCUGGAGAUAUUUAAACAAACGUGUUCACUUUAAAUCCAUAAGGCCGACAAACUGGAAACUAAUCAGGUUUGUUUGUGAUAAAAAUGUUUUUCUGAAGAUUUAAAUGUUAGUGGACCUAAUUAAAGCACCGAUAACACAGAUUCCCACAGUUUAACCAUUAAAAUAGGUACAGUAGAAAAAAAGCACAGAGAGGAAUGAACCUCUAUCAGAAGUACGGGAAGACGUUUUAGUCACAAAUA